AUGAGGUUGUUUCUCCUCCUUGUGGUGGUUGUUCUCCACUUGUGUGAAGCAUUCAACUGGAAGAAUAUCCACAGUGUGCACGUGACAGUGAGGGAGUGUACCCUCUCCUUGAUUGCUCUGAUCGAGGAAGCGGAAAGGAUUCGAUUGGGUGAUAGGAACGACGAGAGGAUGGCUCAAAUUGUGGAAGAAAUAAAGAAAGAGAGACAGGUGUUGCAUGAAAUGUACUUUUCGAUUCGUUACUUGUUUUCUUCACUAGGGUUAACGUUUAGGAAGGAGCUGUAUCUGUUUGGGGUAGGGGAAGGAAGUGUGGGUGGAGUGAAGGCAAAACAAGGGAAAAAAAAAAAGGAGGAAAAUACAAACGGAAAGCGCUUCACCGAUGAGAAGUACCUACGAGGUGUAAAAACAGAAAGGGACCUGAAGGACCUCCUUGAAGAAAUGAUCAAUUACUACAAAAAAAAAUUCAUUCAGAGUAAACCAUCCGUAAGUUGCUCCUACAUCAAUCAGAAGAACUCCCUUCGCAAGCAGAUUGAAAUUGUUAGAUAUACCCACAUGUACAUAGCGACAAAGCUAUAUUAUCUAAAUUAUUCGAAAUAUUUCCAACGUUUUUUGAGGAGCGAAACAGACAUGGCUAACGCCCUGUUUAAUCCUUCUUUGGAGAUCAAGGAGGAUGUCUAUUCGGGUUUUUACGUCAACUACGGUGUGUUAAUAUGGGAUGAGCCGACAGACGUCUCAAUGGAUGACCCGCAAGAUGGAUCAAUGAACAAUCCGCCAACCUGCAACGACGACUACAAAAGCAUUUCUGGAGAAAAAUGCACCAAGCAGUUUGCCAAAAGUGUAAAAACUAUGUUGCAUAACUUUGAGGCGUCCCUGCAAAGCUACAUUCACAGCUCCGUCGUCGAAAUGAGAAAACAAAUGAUACAGGUGGAGGAGCAACAGGAAGGGAGAAACUACUGCAGAGACUUGGAGAAGGAACUCAGGGACAAGAGUUACGAUAGAUUAUCGCUGGAAGAAAUUGAGCGAUUUGAACAGUUGGCAAAAAAUUACCUGCACAAGGAUCUGGACACGUUAGUGGAAAGGGAGAAGAAAAAAAUGUAUCGAAGGAGAAACUUUUUCGAGAAGUAUUUUUUUUUCAUUAUCGAGAGGAUGCUGCGGGUUCGGAGCAGCGUGGAGGCGUCGUUGGAGUGGCUUACAAGGGAGCUGGGGGGGGAGACGGGUAAAGCGUCAACAGGGAUAGGCAACCCACCAACCGGGACAGCCACCUUCCGUAGGAAGGGCCCACGCCAAGUGGAGCUCACCGGCGGGGCGGAAAUCAAGCACAUCUUUCAACUGCUCGAUGAGUACAUAAGCAUGUACUCCUUUUUGUAUGAGCACCUAAAGGACUACCACCUAAACGUGAGGGAUAUUUUCUCACUGGAUUAUAUUCGAGAAAACGCCAAAGAUAAUAGGGUCUACAUAGCAGAAAGAAUUGCACAGAAAAUGGAUGCACUAAACGGUUCCUUUUUGAAGUACAAAAAUGUGAAAAAUAAAUACGAGCAGUUUGUAGAGAAGGGCAUACGGAAGAGGAACUCGAUGAGCACCCUUAAAGGGGGAGAGCCAGUCGAAGAACAUGGCAGCAGCGUUCCUGAACAGGGACACUCCUUUCUACGCAACGUGGGGAAGAGGGACUUCCCAGAAUUGUGGGAAUCCACGUGGAACAAAACAAGUCACUCCUUUUUAAGCGAAGAAGACAAAACGAAAAAAGACAAACUAAACGAGGAGCUAAUGAAAAGAGAAGACGAAUAUUUGAAGCGGCUGCGAAGUGUUGUGAAGCUUCUAACUCGAUACAGAAAAUUGAAAAAUCAAAAAAUAAAAAUAAAGCACAUUGAAAAUGUAGAAAAAGUGGAGAUGCACCCCAUUUUGUUUAACCUCAAGUUGAGGAAAGAACAAAUGGUAGGAUUUUACAGACGCAUUCUCCUUUUUGGAAAAAUAGUUGUUGUAAAAAGGAUUGUCCUUAUUCUGAAAAGGAAGAUAGCCUUUUUGGGUAGAAUCACUCCAUCGGCCUUUCUCCUCAGCAACCGUUUUUUGCUUCUCCUCUAUGAGACCCACCUGGAACAUCUGCGAAGUAGCUACCAAAUUGGGGUGAACAAAGACUUCUGCCACGAUUUGACUCUUGAAAAUUUAGACGGCGUGAUGAAGCAGGGGGACCUUUCUCACCUUCUCCUAAAGUACGUGAUCUACCUGUUCGGCCUGAACCCCAACUUUAUGAGUGCAUACCUUGGGGUAGACCUUGGCCCCGACAUAAGUAGUGACUACAUUGGGGAGAGCAAUACCACUAAUGGGGAUGGAGACUUUGAUGAGGGUGAUCCCAGUUGGGGUGCAAAUAACCUGCGUGUGGUGUAUGAGCUGUCCAGGAACUUCAUGGAAAAGCCGCUCGUCCACGUAGCAAAUUUUUUCCAAUCGGGAAAGGAAUCUCCAAACGGGGAGAGCAACAAAAACGAUGAACAAGUAAAAAACGGCUUCAGACAAAUUCACUCCUAUUUUUCUAGCAUAUUCAACAGUGAUGAAAUUUCAGGGCAUAUUUUAAAAAAGUUCGAAAAUUGGGAGGAGCAUAGUUCUUCUGGUUGUUAUCAUGGGCAGUCCUGUUCCAUAGACAGUUCUGUAUACUCCAAGGAUGUGGUAAGGAAGUUGAUUUUUUACAACCUAAACGACAUGGGAGAUGAAUUCGACACGAUAAACGAAGCAACUGUAUCUUCUGUUAGUUCCUGCGCGUCUUCCCUAUACUCUUACGCCGCUUCACCUUCGUCAACUUGUUAUUCCCCCUUGAAGUUUCCAUUCGACCUGCUAAACAAUGCACUAAUAACCAACUCACUCUCCGAGGCCUACAAAUACAUGCUAUACAAAACGCAGGAGAGCCAAGUUUUCAAAUUGUACUCCAGAUCCAGGGACACGGAUAUGAGCCUCCUGGAGACCGUUUUUUUUCAUCUCGUUUUGAAUUUUGGGAUGACGCCCUAUAACGAGUUGAAGGGUACCAUGGUGAACUCCUUUUGCAGGAAGAAGGGGAGAGUACAGGUGGAUGAAAAUUUGAGUAAGGCUCACGAGGGACCACUCCAAUACAGGAAAAGAAAAAGGCGCCUAGACAGGAUUCCACACAUCCUUUAUGUGUCAAACGGAGAGCAGCUGCAAGGGGAAUUGGCCAUUUCCUGCUCUGGGGUGGUGCCAAACUAUGAACAUGAUUCAGGUGGGAACACGCCUCCUAAAUGGUGGGAUAGUAAACAGGGAAGCAGUUAUUCCUCUUCCAGUGAGAAUGCCCGACCUUACUGGAUGCAUCACCCAGUAUACACCUGCGACUUACUAAAUGGAGACAGAAAAAAAAUUACAUCCUUUCAAGUGAAACACAUAAAAUAUAUUCCUAACGGAAUGCCAUUCUGGAACGCAAUAAUAGAAAAGGAAAACAUCAUGUCGAACUACCAACUGUAUCGGCUCUUCUUUCAAGGCGUCAGAAAGGUGGAUGAGAAGAAGAGGAACUUCCCUGCGGAGAAUUCAAAUGGGAUGACCUCGAAGGAGGACAUCUACUGCAGCGAAGAAAAAAUUGCCUAUUUUGUCAUAGGACAGCCUGCCGUCCACCUCAGCGAAACAGCACAUGUAGAUGAACCACUUAUCGGACCCUUGUUCUCCAGAAGUGCAGCUAGCCAAAAAGAAAUCCUCUUCGAAAAAGAAUCCAUGGAACAGUACAACAGGAUUCUAAAUUGGCUGUACAGAUCGUGGGAGAAAAAAAAUUGGAACCGCGAAAAGGUGAGAAAAAUAGAAAGAGAUAUUUCUGCUCUCAGAUGGAGGGCCAAAUUGUAUGAAGAAAAUAUUUCCUACGUGAAGAACAAAAUGGCACGGAUGGGGCGACCACUUCAGGGGGAAAGCGAUCCCCCAAGUGAUCUGCAGAAGGAAUAUCAGAGGGAAGUUUCCAACGCCGCACUGGAAAAGUACAACUCAUUGAUGGACAUUUAUAAAGACAUCGUGGAGAUGUACCGAGAAAGAGAAAGAAAUCUAACCAAAUUUAAGAAGCAAAACGAAAGGGAAGGAGAAAAAGAAGAAACAGAGGAAGAACCCAAUGUGGACUACUACGGGCUAAGCAAGUAUGCUUUUCUGAGAAAGUACCAAGUGGAGGACCUUAACAUGUAUACCUUAUACCACGAGAAAAUUAUAAAAUACUUCGAGAAGCAAAACAGAUGCUGUGAUGCGUACAUAAAGGAAAUGAAAGUCCACCUUGAGUUUUUCCCUCAAGUUUGUUGCUCCAAUGGGGGGGUAGGACGCAAGUCGGCUAUGCUCAAGUAUAUAUACAUGAGCAUAACCGACCUGGUGACCAACCUUAUACGAUGCGAAAAUAACACCAAUAAGUUGCUCACGCAUCUUAAAAAGGUGAAGGAUACAGUACACACAAUAAACACUGUUAAUGCAAACCUACACAAAAAACAAAGAACGUUCCACCUCAGUACAAACUAUUUUUACAGGGAAAAAAAAGAGGAUAAUAUUUAUUUCUUCACAGAUAGAAUGGAAAAUAUAAAAACUUACAAAAUUUACAGACAACUUAUUGAUAGUCUAAAUGAAGAUCUGACGUUCGUCAUUCACAUCAUGGUGAAAAAAAUUAAUGACCGAAAAGAGCUUCUACAACAAGUGGAAGAGAAGGUGCCUACCCUGCUGGACAUAAAAGGGACUCUCAAGCAAGACAAUGAAGUGGCAUCCAUUAAUGUUGAAACGUUAUGUGCAAAUUUCUCUCAUGAAAAUAUGCUAAACUACGAUAAGGUGAAAAAAUUGCGGAAAAUCUUUAAAAAGAAAAUUGCCAGUUAUAAAAAUGUCUUGAAAAGUAUUAGGUACUCCUUUUUGCACGAACCUCAGGUCAGCAACCAUAAUAUGGCACUGUUCUACAACUUUGUGGAGUACGACAGUGAGAAGGAUACUGACGCGAUGAAGUUUGCGGAUGCGCUGUUGGCAUAUAACGAAAGGUGGGGGAUGGAGGUGCCCGACCGAGGAGAGGACGCUAAGAACAUGGAGGGGAGGCCCCUCACCAAGUACCAGGAAAUUUGGAAGAAGCUGAACGAAGCCAAGGCGGGAGAUGGGAGGAAAGUCAAGGAAAGACAUGACGACGGAGGUGACGAUACCGAUAGGGACCUUUACGACGGCUGGGAAGAGGAGGACUUGGAAGAGGAGGAUUGGGGAGAAGAGGAUUGGGUAGAGGAAGACUGGGGAGAGGAUGACUGGGGAGAGGAUGAAUGGGAUGAAGAUAGCCUGAAGGCCGCAGCGCACCGUGUGGAAAAGAACUGCAGAAAUAGGGUGUGCCCAUCCAACUCCUUCUGCUUCAUUCAAAGGUUUAGUGAAAAAUGUUUGUGCUUCCUUAACUACAACAUGGUGAAGGGGAAGUGCAUUUUAAACGAACAGAAUUCUUGCGAAGUGAAAAACGGGGGAUGCGAUUUGAAGGCAACGUGCGAAUUGAAAAAUAAUAGGGUAAAUUGCAUUUGCCCCAAGGGCACUAAACCUAUGCAUGAAGGGGUCGUGUGCAGCUUUUCUUUCGCCUCUUCACUUUCGCAUAUUAUGCUUUUGUUCGCCAUCUUGGCGUUUCUUAUUGCGUAG